UUUCUCCGCACAGACGGAGAGCCGCAAGCCCACCUCGGAGCAUCAGCGAGCGGCGCACAGGAGGAUGCGGGACGGCGGUGUAGCGGAUCGACCAGGACCAUAUGAGUGGGACAUCUGAAUUUUGUUGUUAUUGUUGGCAUUGCUGAAUUUUUUUUCUCUCCACCGAGUGAAUCCGGACGCAGAUCUGCAAUGAAGCGUCGAUCCAACGCGUGAGACCUGCCGACCGCCUGUGUAUCUGUGAGCUAAUAAUACAGACAAUAAGGAAAGGGAAUUAGCCAUUAGACGAAGUGGCAUCUUUCACGAAUUGUGUCGGUUAAAUUAAGGCUGUGUUAUUUGGCACUGCAGCUAUUUUAUUCAUGAUAUGAUCCACAAUCAUACUGAAUUUGUCUUUAAUGAUUUUCACAAAUCAAUGGUUCCACAAUUCACAGACAGACAGGCGGCUGAUUAAAGCCAUCAUUACCAGUUUUGAGUUAGCCGAUAUAGAUUGUCCCUUUACGACGAGAAACAGAAGCCGGUCAUGUCGAAAAAUAAGAGCAGUGAGUCGGUGAAGGUGGUAGUUCGAUGCCGUCCUUUGAACCGGAAGGAGGAGUCCAAUGGGCCUGCGGGGAGCAUCGUGCAGAUGGACCUGCGGCUCGGACAGGUGAUCCUCCGAAACCCUCGAGCACCAGCCAGCGAGCCUCAGAAAACAUUCACAUUCGAUGCCGUUUAUGACGCAAACUCCAAACAGGGAGACCUGUACGACGAGAGCGUGCGGCCUCUGAUCGAUUCGGUGCUCGCCGGGUUCAAUGGUACCAUAUUUGCGUACGGACAAACAGGAACUGGGAAGACUUACACCAUGAUGGGUGCGUGGUUUGACCCGCAGAAACGGGGUGUGAUCCCCAACGCUUUCGACCACAUCUUCACACACAUAUCCCGCUCGCAGUCCGAUAGGCAGUACCUCGUGCGGGCGUCCUACCUCGAGAUCUACCUGGAGGAGGUUCUGGAUCUCCUCGACCCCAACCACGGCAACGCCAGGCCCCUGGAGCUCCGGGAGAGUCCAGAGUCCGGGGUGUACGUGCGCGACCUCACGUCGUGCGUUUGCAAGAGCAUCAAGGAGAUCGAGGAGGUGAUGAAUAUGGGCAACCAGGCGAGGGCGGUCGCGGCAACGGACAUGAACGAGCACUCGUCUCGGUCCCACGCCCUGUUCCUGAUCACGGUGGAGUGCAGCCAGCCCGGACCCGACGGGAGGAAACACAUCCGGGUCGGCCGCCUCAACCUGGUGGAUCUGGCUGGCAGCGAGCGCCAAGCCAAGACAGGCGUCCAGGGAGAGCGCCUGAAAGAGGCCGCCAAGAUCAACCUGUCCUUGUCGGCCCUGGGGAACGUGAUCUCGGCGCUGGCCGACGGGCGCAGCGGCCAUGUGCCGUACCGGGACUCCAAACUGACUCGGCUGUUGCAGGACUCUUUGGGCGGGAAUGCAAAGACCGUCAUGGUCGCCACCUUAGGUCCGGCCUCCCAGCACUACGACGAGACCCUCACCACCCUCCGCUACGCCAACCGGGCCAAGAACAUCCAGAACCAGCCCAGAGUGAACGAGGAUCCCAAAGAUGCUCUGCUGCGCGAGUUCCAGAUGGAGAUCGCUCGCCUCAGGGCUCAGCUCCACCACAGGAAGUGGAGGACCAAACAGAAGAAGGAGCAGGUGGACGGCGAGGGCUGGGAGAGAGACGGGGAUGAAGGGACGGAGGGGGAGGAUGAGGAGGAUGAGGAGGAGGCGGUGGAGAAGGAGGCGGAGGAGUACGUGAAGCAGGAGCAGCGGCUGGAGAGGGAAAAACAGGACAUCAGAGAAGAUCAAUUCAUGUUGGCCGAUGAGAAGCAGAGGCUCCUGGGAGAGAAGGAGAGGAUGAUGGGAGUUCUGAGGAAGGAGCAGGAAGCCACCGAACAGCUGACCGCCAAGUACAAGGCGAUGGAGAGCAAGCUGCUGGUCGGUGGGAAGAACAUCAUCGAUCACACCAACGAGCAGCAGAAGAUGCUGGAGGGGAAAAGGCACGAGAUUGCUGAGCAGACACGCAGCGAGAGGGAGAUCCAGCAGCAGAUGUUGGUGCGGGACGAAGAGACGGUGGAGCUGAGAGAGACCUUCACUUCACUGCAACAGGAGGUGGAGGCCAAGACCAAGAAACUCAAGAAGCUGUACGCCAAGCUCCAGUGCAUCAAAGCGGAGAUCCAGGACGUGAACGACGAGCACGUGAGGAGCCGACAGGAGCUGGAACAAACUCAGAACGAGCUCACCAGAGAGCUCAAGUUCAAGUAUCUGAUCAUAGAGAACUUCAUCCCUCCAGAGGAGAAGAAUAAGAUCAUGAACAGACUGACCUUUGACCCAGAGGAGGAUCAAUGGAAGUUCCAGCCUCUUGUUCCUGCUGAAAGUAAAUCCUCACAGAUGAAGAAAAGGCCGGCGUCUGCAGUUGGUUACAAACGACCAAUCAGCCAGUAUGCCAGGGUUGCCAUAGCGAUGGGUGCUCACUCCAGAUAUAGGGCUGAGAACAUCAUGUUUCUGGAGCUCGACAUGACUCCUCCAAGCUCCGCCUCCCUGGACGGCUCGGCGCAGUCGGAGCGGAACCAAAGUCACUCUCUGGACAACUCGCCCACCAAGGACAGAAGCGUCCGCAAGUCUCGCUCCUGGUGCCAGACCCCAAAAUCCAUCACUUCCUCCUCUUCCAAUGUCUCCUUGGCAGCAUGUCACACUGCCACACCCAUGACGGCGCAGUAAAGCGAAGAGGAUUUCCUUUUUUUAAAUUAUUGUUAUUUAUUUUAUUCCUCCAUUUCCUCUUCCUUCUUUGUCUUUUGGCCAGUGACCCUCUUAAACACUUCGACAACUGGGACACAAACACACACCUCCACCUGUAUCCUAAGAGGUGAUGAACUAAAGUAGGAAGUGAUCGACAGGACAGGAAACUAAAUAACCCGAUGAACCUCAGAAACUCUAUGAAACACAACUUCCUGCUGCUCUCUGGAUAUAAAGACCCACCAGGACCCCUCCUUUCUUUGCAUGAGCCUCGGAUCAUCCUUUUAAAACCACUGGCUGCAGUGCUGUGCUGCCCUGACUGUGUGUGUGUGUGUGUGUGUGUGUGUGUGUGUGUGUGUGUGUGUGUGUGUGUGUGUGUGUGUGUGUGUGUGCGCACAGGGUUGUAUGAUUGCCUCUUUGUGUGUCUCAUUGUGAUCUCUACAGAGAUGUGACAGCUUACACACUGCUUGAACCCACUGUAAGAUACCAGUGUACAUAUUCCAUGUGUGUGGUCUGUUUUCUGUGUUAAAGGGGAGCCAGUUGGAUGAGACAUGAUGUAACACAGUUGAUGAUGCGGGCUGUCGCUGGUCAGACGAGGUGCUCUGAAACCUGAAUGAUGACCUUUAUCACACCUGUUGUCUCUCAUUAUUCCUCUUUAUGUCCACUGUUUCUGAUUUUAAAGCAAAAAGCCUUACAAUGAUCGCCUUCAAAUAAAAAUGGUUUAAUUCAUACCAGCUCAAUGGGAAAGAGACGAGGCCACCGGGACACUUCAAGUAUUGUACAUGCCGUGUGACGCGGCACGCGGUACAGCAGGUUUUGCAUUUUACCGUCACACCUGCCUGAAGGUUGGCUUGUUGUUCAGUCAGCAGUGUGGCGGGGACAGUUCAGUGUCAUGGCUUCUGUAGUUGCUGGAGGUCAAGAGCAGCAGGCAGUGGGGUCAGUCAGACUAAUCAUCACUGUAUUAUUGAUGCCACAGAUCUAGUUGCAGCCAAACCCCCCCCCCCCCUCCCCCGAUAGACACGAGAAAGCAUAAAGCAGUCAUAGAAACUACAUUUAUUACCAAUCCACCAUUCGGUUUUACAAGAUUUGAGACUCUUGGUGAUCCUGAACGUGCAAAAUGUUUCAUGAUCCCAAUAUGAAGAAGCCAUGUCAUUGAUGAGCAGGGAUGAAAACUCAACAUAAUAAUUGAUUGUAAAGGAUGUAACAUGUAAUAUUGAAUAGUACAAGUUCCCUGAGCACAGGGGGACAUAUUUAAAAUGCUUGUUUUAUCUAACCAACAGUUCCAAAAUCUUCAGAUUUUGAUACAGAAAAGAGAAAAGCAACAAUUCCGCCUGUUUGAUAAAAUAAAGUCAGAGGAAGAUCCAGAAGAGGCCGGCUAGUUGAAGUAUAAAAUGGUUUCAUAAUCAUUCAGUAAUUGCAGUAGACUACUAAAAUAAUCCAUCAGUAAUAUAAACAAUAUGGGGAAGAGAUGGCAAAGAACCUUUCUGUGGUCCACUUUGCAGUUGCUGUGUUCAGUGAAUUUUAAAUCUGGGCUAACCUACUUCCUGUCUCCACCGGUCACACAUGCACACUGAGGAUUUUAUGUGUUUAGUCAUCGAUUUCUGGGUAAUCAUAAUCAUAAUUGACCCGGUUUGGGCGGUAAAUGUUUAAAUGUUGUGAGGCUUCAUGAAGAUGUGUCUAAUGGAGGUUAAAUGACAUGCAUACCUUUAAUGAAGUGAAGGAUUCACCACAAGAGGAAGUAAUUUAGUGUGAGUUCAUAUAUCUAUGAAAGAAUAUGUUGUACAUUUAUUUGUGGCUCUAUCAGGCCACAUUUCAAGGGUGCUGUCCUUCAGAGAAAGCAAGAAAUACAAAUAUUGGUGUCUGCAACACUGAACAGAACCUGACAUGUUUAUUAUUAUAUUAUGUAUGUGGAAUGCAGCAUCUCUCUCGAAAUAUCCACAAUUUAUUAUCUACAUUUUAGGGAAGACAGUAAUACAAGGAUGAUGAAGAUCUGCCUCACAAUAUUUAGAAAACAAACAAUUAUUCUUGGCUCUUUUCAAAUCUCUGUUGCCUCCUAUAUAAAAAUUUGGUAAAACCAGUAAAACCAUU